CGGAACUUUGCAAAAUGUCUGUCAGGUACCGACAAUUAUCACCUUGCGGUGAUUGGGUUGGGUUCGGUUCCCCCGGCCUCGUCUCGCAAGGGCGGCCAACCCCUUGUUUUCCUGUUGUCUAUCCAGAAAAACAAAUGCAACUGCCACAUCAAUGACAGGUCUGACGAUGCCCCGCAAAGACGACCGGGAGCAGGAAAUCUGCACUGCAUAUGGGGAAAUGCGAAGAAAACCCGCAUUCUUAAAUAUAAGUCUCCAGCAUGAACACUGGGUUAUGCAAGUAUUUCAAUACACUUGUCCCUAUUUUCUAAAUUUCAUUGUUGUUGAAUAGGUUGUUUUAUAGUUUUCUGUGUAUAAUAACGAUAAUGGAAGUAGCAAAAAUGUCGAUACUACAUCAAUUAAAAGUACAUACACUAUUUUUAUCACAUUUGUGUCACAAAUCUUUCAUAAAUAGGAAAUAUUUCUGUAAUGUAAUGCCUUUUGUCAGUUACUGGCACAUACUGUUUGUUAAACCAGAACCAUGUUUUUUUUUUUUCUGUCCCCGGUUUUGCUCAGCGGUCACGCAAGACUGCCUGAGGAUGUAAUUAUGACCUGCUGUAAGAGGUGGGAAUUUCCCCACGUACGUGUAUGAUUGUAAAUUGAAGGCGGCAGCACCAUUCCUAGAAAGCUAAGAGUGGAAAGGACAAAAAUGUUUGAGGGUAGUCAUCGAGAAUAAUCGCUGUCAGGAAAAGAGAAGGGACAUGCAGGCUGUAUAUACGGAGAGAAAGGAAAUGAGAGGAGAAGGGUGGUGGGUAAUUAAAGGUAGGAGGUGGGACUGAGGACCCCUGUAGCUUAAUUAGGUGCACGAGGAGGGGACACCUGCCCUUCCUCCUUUCUCCUCUUUAUGGUGAAGUCAGUCAUUGCAGAAAAAAAGAACACUUAGACUCACAAUCUGUUAGUCAGUCAAACCUGUGCUCUGGCAGUAGGUGACCCUCCCCAAAAUCCUGCUCCAUCUCUCCUUGGCGGAUGUUCCGCUAUGAAUAAUGUAACAAGGAGGGGUGGAGGCCACUGGGUGUGUGUGCACUGAGAAAAAAAGGAGUGUAGUUCCUCCUCCUCCUCCUCAUUUACCAGCCCCUUCCCUCUCCAUUCUCCUCCCCUCCCCUGCUCACCCAACCCCCCUAGCUCGCCGGCCGCACUGCAGAAGGUCAGCGAGAGAAGAGACGGAGCGAGAGGCGGCGUGAGAGGCAGGGGUGGGGUACUUGGAUGCAAAGGAACAUGCCGACAGGACAGCGUUGGGACGAGCGAUGACAGCCAUGCUGAGCCCAAAGAUAAGACAGACCAGGAGAGCCAGGUCCAAAAGCAUGGUGAUGGGCGAGGUGUCGCGGGGGCCGUGUCGCCCGGCCUCCCCCGGCCUCCAGGAGGGCCCGCUGAAGGCCGGCUGGCUGAAGAAGCAGCGCAGCAUCAUGAAGAACUGGCAGCUGCGGUGGUUCGUGCUGCGCUCGGAUCAGCUCUACUUCUACAAAGACGAGGAGGAGACCAAGCCGCAGGGGUGUAUAUCUCUGCAGGGAUGUCAGGUCAACGAGCUGUCGGCCAACCCAGAUGAACCGGGACGACACCUGUUCGAGAUCAUACCAGGUGGGACGGGAGAGAAGGACCGGGCACCGAUGAGCCAUGAGUCCUUCCUGCUUAUGGCCAACUCCCAGGCUGAUAUGGAUGACUGGGUGAAGGCCAUACGACGGGUCAUUUGGGCUCCGUUUGGAGGAGGGAUAUUUGGCCAGCGUCUGGAGGACACGGUGCAGUAUGAGAAGAAGUUCGGGCCCCGGCUGGCGCCGCUGCUGGUGGAGCAGUGCGUGGACUUCAUCAGGGAGAGGGGUCUGGACGAGGAGGGGCUCUUCCGAAUGCCGGGACAGGCCAACCUGGUCAGAGACCUGCAGGAAGCGUUUGACUGCGGGGACAAGCCUUUGUUUGACAGCAACACGGACGUCCACACGGUGGCGUCCUUGCUGAAGUUGUACCUCAGAGAGCUGCCCGAACCAGUCAUUCCCUUCUCAAAGUAUGAAGACUUUCUAACCUGUGCACAGCUUUUGGCCAAAGAUGAGGAGGAGGGCGUCCAGGAGCUCGGAAAGCAAGUUAGCACUCUACCUCUACCCAACUACAAUCUCCUCAAGUACAUAUGCAAGUUCCUCGAUGAGGUCCAGUCCCACUGUAAUGAGAACAAGAUGAGCGUCCAGAACCUUGCCACGGUAUUUGGUCCAAACAUCUUACGACCCAAGAUGGAGGAUCCAGUCACUAUCAUGGAAGGAACCUCUCUGGUGCAGCACCUGAUGACGAUCCUCAUCAGGGAACACAACCGCUUGUACGCCAACAGGGAUCAGGAUGAAGCCACCGUACCCCAAGCAGAUGUUCCCGUCCAUCAGCUCCAGCACCGCAGCCUGGGGGCCUGGAUAUCCGAGGAAGACCUCCAGAGUGGCCCAGUCUCCACCACCGACCAAGAGCUGCACAGCAGUGCCUCCUCUCUGGACGCCAAACUGUGUGCUGCCGUCACACCCACCCAGACGCCCUGCCCGAACCCCCCGAAACCGGGCUCUUCAGCAGGAAAAGGGGAACCAGUGGUGAGCCCCAGUAAGCAGGCCAAGGCCAUGCCUUCCUGGAAGUACUCAUUCAAAAGCUCGUCCGCGCCGCGCUCCCAGCCACAGGCCAAGCAGACCAGCAGCUCUGCGGCUGACGCCGCCAGCGUGUCCUCUGGCGCCGGCGGAGGGAACUGGCUCAUGAACGGCCUGUCCUCCUUACGGGGACACCGGCGCACGUCGUCGGGCGAGAGGUCGUCCCGCGACCGCGACUCCACGGGCUCCUCCCAGCGCCUCUCCACCUACGACAACGUCACCUCCUCCUCCUCCUCCAGCGCGGGAAGCGCGCCGAGCGUCUCCAGCACGCCGUGGUCCACCUCCUCCUGCGAGAUCUCCGUGCCCGACUCGGGCAGCGAGGCCGCGGCCGACCACAGCUGCGGAGGCGGCGCGGAGAAGGCGGAGUCGGCGGAGGGGGGCCGGCGCGAGGGCGGGGCCACGGAGCCCGGCGCCGAGCAGGACGUCGGCGAGGCCGUGGAGCUGUGCAGCAGCAGCGCGGCCUGCAGUGACAGCGAAAGCGCGGCUGCCGGCGUCCCGUCUGUCGUCACGUCGGAGGAAGGAGACGGUGGAAACGGAACCCUCGGCCUUCUGGUGGACGGGCUGAGAGACGAGCUGAGGAAGCAGAAGUCCACCUACGAGACCAGAAUCCAGAGAUUGGAGGAGUCCAGCGCCGCCUUGUGCGUGCAGAUGGAGCGCUUGGAACAAGAGAUGGAGCAGGAGAAGAAGAAGCAGCGCAUGCUGGAGAUCAAGCUGCGCAACUCGGAGCGGGCGCGGGAGGAUGCAGAGAACCGCAAUCGGCUCCUGGAGAAGGAGAUGGAGGAUUUCUUUUCAACGCUGGGGGACCUGGCGCUGGGUGCGAGGACUAGCGACAUUUGACCGUCAGGCUUGUAUUGUGGGUGCGGGUGGGCUCGAGCUGCAAUCCUUGACCAGGCACCGACCAACAAAUUAAGGGCACUGUCCAUAUGUGGGUACAUUCAGGAAAACACAAAAAAGGGGAAACGUCCCAAACUGUGCAUUUGUGUUAGAUUUCCCUGAUAUUUAUCUUGGUUGUUUGAAAGUUCUCUUUACCAGAAUCAGCUGAGGAGAUUGAUAGCACUUGUCGUGUGUGAAGCCACAACUUGCAGUCGUCUCAAACUAACACAAAAUCAGGAAUCAUCAUUUUGAAGUGAGGUCAAAGGUCAAAUUGUGGAACACUAGAGCACCAGAGGUACAAAUUUUAGCAACUAAUGAGGAGAUCGUCCUUUUUACGCUGUAAUUACAUGAGCUGUAGCCUUAGCUGAGGUUUCUCCACUCGCAUCCUGUCGCCGUCUGUGUGAACUGCUGAUGUCUCGUUUUAGUGUCCAGAUAAUAGUAUUUUUUACCAGAAGAAGAACGGCUCAUUUCGCAUCUCCGUGCUCCUUCCAGUGCCUCAGCCACCACUCGGUGUCCGAUGACGUCCAGGAGCCUUCAACGUACAGCCGAUACAACAGGGAAACAAUUACUGGAGCAUUUGAACUCGGCGCAUGCUGCAUCUGCGGGUGCCACGUCGGUCUUAGCAGGUGAACUCAGUUUACAGUACAUACCAAAGCUGGACCGCUUCAGCUCAGCUCGCUAUCAGAACGGCCCAGGAGCCGCGUUGACUUUGGCACACGAAGCGCAACACUGCCCGCAAAGAAACAAUGGAGUUUCCUGGUCGUGCCUUCAGGGACGUGUUUUUAAAUAGGAAAACGUAGUGUUGCUUGCCUGUCCAGAGAUCUAGUACAUUUACAGUAUUUGCCUAUAAUACUCACAUUGGCUGCAUUUCAUUUUUGUUUUUUUAAUUUUUAUUCUUAUUGUAACUUUUCUAUGGCAACGCAACUGAUGAUGAAUAACCUGAGCUCCCUUGAAGGUGCCAAUUCUUGUGGAUGUGAAUUGUGAACAGAAUGGAAGUUUUGAAUUAUGAAUGUAUUGUAACCUGAAAUGGGGUUGUUGAUGAAACGAGAAACCCCGUGAGGAAAAAAACAAAUACAAAAUGACUUAAACUCGAUGCUGCGCUUUGGUGCGUAGCAAUGUGAAUUCGGUCCACUGAAAAUCAAUGGCAGUGCUUGCGUCCAGAUGUUCUUUCAAGAAUUGCAUGUGGUUACAUUGAUAGAGUCUUUGUCAGCAUCUUAUCAGUGAGGAGAAUGUUCCAAAGUGACACUUUAUUCCUUAAGGGCCGUUCGGUUGAGAAUGUGACCGUUUUCUUUUAUCACCAUUUCACUCCCUAAACCGGCUUUUACGACUUUUCUAAAAUAGUAGUUUACAGAGUUCACAACAGGCUUUAGCUUGUUGGAUUCAAAGAUAUACUGUACACAGGAUGUGUCAGAACUAAGGCUAAGUGUUUCUUAUUGCUCUGCUGAUCGUCUAUGGUGCUUAUUUAUUAUUUUCACCUCCUAAUGAAAGGACAUGUAUUGGAAUAAAGGUGAUAAAAA